UCUACACAAGCCACAAAAAAUAUAUAAACUUGUUGAUUGCAACACUACACGAAUCUUUCUCCCCAUUCGUUUUCACCCACAGGUUCUUCUUACUUUUCUUCUAACUACUUCUUCAUUAUUCCCAAUCAUUUUCAUCUUCUUUAGUCUUGUAUAUAUAAGUCUUGUGCCUUUUUUCUUGAAUCUUGGGGUGUUUUAUCUUUUUUUUGGGUGUUGUUUGUGUAAUUAAAGGUGUUUUCUUGAUGGGUUUUGCAUAAAGUUUGAAUCUUUAUCAUCUUUAUUAUCUUUUUUGUGUUUAAUCUGUUUUUUAGCUGUUGUUUGUGUGAUUAAAGGGGUUAUCUUUGAUGGGUUUUGCAUAAAGUUUGGAUCUUUAUUGGUUUUGUGCUCUUUUGUGUGUGUUUGAUUGGGAAUAUUUUGUGCUGUUUUGUGAAAAGAUUGUGUUCUUUUGUGCAAGUUUGAGUUUGUUGGCGUUUGGAUUGAUGCAAAUUAGGGAAAUUGAAGUGGGUUUGUGAAUAUACCUGUGUAGUUGUGUGUGUUCUUGGUUUAUUUAGAUUGUGUGUCAGGGUAAAGUGAUUGAUUUGGGGUUUCUGAGCUGAGUUGAGUCAGUUUGAUUCAUAAAGUUUGAAACUUUGGUUGAGGUCAGGGGUUUUAUUUUGUUUUUAUUGGGUGUAUUUUGGAUUUGAGGAAAGUUGUUGAGUUAAAUAGCUGUCAGGUAUAAGUACUUGGAGAUCUGUUUUACGAGGCGAUGAUGGUUGAGUCCAUUAGUGCUACUUCUGUUUUGAGACACAGCCCGGUACUUGGAUUGCAUCAGUGUAAGGAUGUUGGAGGUAAGAAGAAGGCAGUUGGUUUUGUCAGGAUUCCACAAAAUGAUUUUCUCUGUAGAAAAUUGGUAUGUUGUAGCUCUUUGCGGGGGGUGGGUGUUGGUCGUCCGUUGAGGAGAAUAUUGGUUAAGGCUCAGGCUAUGGGGUUGGCGAAAGAAGCUUAUUCUUAUCAAGAUGAGGAGAGGUUACCUAGGAAUUUUAAUCAUGGGUCUGAUAGUGGUGUAGAUCGCAAGCCUAGUUUGUGGCCUCCAGAGAACAGGGCUGAUAACGCUGCACUUCAGAAUCCAUUGCUGCGACAAGAAAGGAUGGGGUGUGGGUGGUUAGGUGCUAUAUUUGAAUGGGAAGGAGUCUUAAUUGAGGAAAAUCCUGAUCUUGAAAAGCAGGCUUGGUUGAUUCUUUCUCAGGAAGAAGGGAAAUCACCUCCACCGACUUUCGUCACUCGGAGAAUUGAAGGUAUGAAAAAUGAGCAAGCGAUCUCUGAAGUUCUUUGCUGGGCAAGAGAGCCCUCUCAGCUGAGAAGAAUGGCAACAAGAAAGGAGGAGAUUUACCAAUCUUUGCAGGGUGGAAUAUAUAGAUUUCGACCUGGUUCUCAAGAGUUUGUAGAUGUUUUGAUACAUUAUAAGAUACCAAUUGCCCUGGUAUCCACCCGGCCAAGGAAAACUCUUGAAAAUGCGAUUGGAGCUAUUGGGAUUGAAGGGGUUUUCAGUGUGAUUGUGACAGCGGAAGAUGUAUAUAGAGGAAAGCCAGAUCCAGAGAUGUUUAUGUAUGCAGCACAACUUUUACAGUUCUUACCUGAGCGUUGUAUUGUGUUUGGAAACUCUAAUCAAACUGUGGAGGCAGCUCAUGAUGCACGAAUGAAGUGUGUGGCUGUUGCUAGCAAGCAUCCAGUAUACGAACUUGGAGCUGCUGACUUAGUCGUGAAGCGCUUAGACGAGCUUUCUGUUGUUGAUUUAAAGAACCUUGCUGAUAUUGAUUCUCCAGAAUUCGGUGAGCCAGAGUUGGAGAUGGAGUUUGAGGAAGAGGCUGAUCUGUCCUCAUCCACGUCAGUGGCGACUGAUGAUGACUUUUGGUAAUCGACACAUGGAUGUAUAGUGCUAAAAUCUAAUUAUUGAUUCUUAAGGCUCGAUAUUGACUACCCUUUGUACAAGUAAUAGAUAGGGGAGAAAAAGAAAAGUAAAUUUGGCAAAAAAAAUUAAGAAAAGAAAUCUGUAAAGGAAGAGAGUUUUAUAUUUCGGAACCUCUUCAUGUGUCAUCUGUGUAUGUACCAUGUAUGUAUUGUCUGUAUCAUUAUAUAAAGUUAUAAACUGAACUUCACUGUUUUCCUUGUGGUA